AUGAGCGAGCACAAAGAAAGGAUCGAUAAGAUACCAGGCGCCCCAAAACUCCUGCCAAAAAGAGACGUCGGCCGGUUUGUGGAACAGCCAUACAGCGAGGAGGCAGCCCCACAUGCCAUACCCAAAACUUUCAAAAUGCCACCAUAUUUGAAAAUAUAUGACGGCACAACGGACCAUGAAGACCAUAUCAUUCAUUAUGUCACGGCGGCGAAAGGCAAUGACCUCUCGAAAGAACAGGUACCGUUGGUGCUGCUGAAGAAGUACGGCGAAACCCUAACAGGGGGAGCCUUGACAUGGUAUUCACAAUUGCCAGCACGUUCCAUAAUGACGUUCAAAGAAAUGGCCAACAAGUUCGUCAUCGCUCAUGUCGGAGCCAAGAAAGUAGAAGCCAUAGUGAAUGGCAUAUUUGCUGUUAAACAAUCGUCUGGUGAAAGACUCAAGGACUUCCUCACCCGGUUCAAUAGGGUAAGGAUGAUCCUACCAAACGUAUCAGAAGGGAUGGCGGUAGAGGCCUUUCAAAAUGGGCUGAACAGGAACGGGUCAAGAGCGCCCAGAAAAUUAUUAAGCAGACUCAUGAAAUACACUCCCGCCACUUGGGAAGAAAUUCACAACGCUUAUUGCGCCGAGGUGAGGGCAGAUGAAGAGGACCUCAAUGGUCCAACCCAACGGCUAACGACAAUCCAAAUGGAAUUAAGAAAAGAUCGACGGAAUGACAGCCGAAGAGAUCAUGCAGGCCCACUCCUCAAUCGGGAAAGGCACCAACCAUACAAUAGAGCGAACAUACCACUACCUCCCCACCAAGCCGAAGGGGCGUCCCGGCCACAAGCGGGAACUCACCGAAAUGAAAGAGGUAUGCGUCCACUUUUAUCCGCUCACAAUUUCUGUGUAUCUCCUUCAAAAAUAGUCUACGCCCUGGAGAAGCUCGGUCCCAAGGUGAAGUGGCCACAAAAGAUGAAGUGA